UCUGCAUAGAGCUCCAACUCCUCUCAUGGCUGCCAUUGUUACUGUUUCUCCGGCGACUUCUCUUCAAUGUUGUUCUAGGAAGAAUGGAGUUUUGUCAGCUACCAAAGCGCUAAUGCCUAAAUCGGCCAGAUCUCAAUCGGAGGGAAGGAAAAAGGAGAUGAAGGUCAUGUGCCAGGCAUCAAGCAUCUCCGCCGACGGUUGUCCAGAAAUGGAGAGGAGGAAGCUCAUGAACUUGUUGAUAUUCGGCGCCAUUGGUCUUCCCGCUGCCGGCAUGUUGGUCCCUUACACAGCUUUCUUCGCCUCACCUGGAUCAGGUGGCUCUGGAGGCGGUAUCGUUGCCAAGGAUGAGCAUGGAAACGAUAUCAUCACAUCACAAUGGCUAAAGACCCAUGGGCCUGGCGAUAGAACCCUUACUCAAGGCUUAAAGGGAGACCCCACGUAUCUAAUGGUUGAGAACGACAAAACUCUCGCAACUUAUGGAAUCAAUGCGGUCUGCACCCAUUUGGGUUGUAUCGUGCCAUGGAACACAGUAGAGAAGAAGUUUGUAUGCCCCUGCCACGGCUCUCAGUACAAUAACGAUGGCAAAGUCCUUAAGGGUCCUGCUCAUCUGUCUUUGGCUCUGGUUCAUACAGAUGUAGACGACGAUGAAAAAGUGGUGUUUGUUCCUUGGACGGAAACCGAUUUUAGAACAGGCGAUGCUCCAUGGUGGUCGUAAAACCCGCCCUCCGGCUCCUCUAACACGGGUUUUGUUUCUUAUGAUUCGUUUUCGCUUGCAUUUUAUUAGAUUUAAGCAAGUUUUGACGAUUUGGAGAUGUAGAACUAGGUAACCUAGUUUAGUAGGGACUAGAAGCUUGAGUUAAUGUGGAGAACAGAGAGGGUUAGAGAGCCGACAGAUACGGCAACAAUAUCCGAAGAUUGUUAGGAUGGGAUCUUGUCGUAGUUUUUUUUUUUCCAAUAACGUGCU